CCUGCGUGUGUACAACGUAUAUAUGCAAAAGGCGAUACUUCUUGUUCAAUAGGUCUGAUGGAUCGGUGGAUGAGAUGGGACGAGAAUGAAUGUCUCUGGCCACACCACGAGCACGCACACCCCUUGACAACUGUCAACAAGGGAGACAUCACACCACUAGUCUCGGUAGUAAAGUACUACGCCUCCCACUCGCCGCUGUUAUCCCAAAAGCGAAUUGGAACCAAACGCCUUCUCUAGCCAUCCAUCCAUCCAUCCAUCCAUCCAUUCAUUCAUCCCUCCAUCCACUCAGUGUCUGUCUGUCUCCGUGUCUGUACUGUACAAUGCAGAGAGCCAUUCAGCCACAAAUAUCGCGAAAGAACCCACUACCAUCUUUGGGUGAGUGCGGAUUUGGAAGCAAGCAUGUGUCGGAUCACUGUCCUUUGGCAGACACAUACACACAUUCUGUACGUAUACCUAGUGUCCACCAGACACGAGGAGACAUGGCUUAGGAGUGUGUUCCUCAGUUGUGAUGCCAUGAUGAUAUCCCAUAGACUUUGGGUUCCGAUUUGCCAUUGGAAGAAGGGACAGAGCUGAGAAAGAGGAGGAGAAGGAAAAUGACGGCCAAGAGCCAAACGAGAGAACGAGAUUCUCGUACCAAGAAUAUCAAGACAGGGAGAGACACCACGAGAAGAAAUGGUGGUGAGAGGGAUAGACGGACGCAGUCAAGCCAAGGGGUAGUAGGGAACUACCAAGGCGAGUACUAACUACUAGUACUUCCAAUGCCGAGAUGAAGCAGGAGGGGGGCAGAGAAGGAAGGAAAGAAUGAGAAUGGAGCGAGAGGGACCGAAACCAGAUAUCUGCAACAAGAAAUCUUUCAGACACUUGCUUCGCACUUCUGAGGGUCGCUAAUUCCAUCCUCAGAUGCAUUUUGAUGGAACCUAUGGCAACCAAAAUAGGCAAAUGGCCAGGUUUGGUGAAGAAAAUUAAUAGAGUUGGGUUCUACGUUCCACCCGCUUCAACGGCUCAUGAGCAAAUCGAGGAACGGCGCCCCUGCUCAAAGGAUAUCGUUCCAACGACUGUGGCACUUCUGAUCUCCACUUAAGUUGGUGUGGUCCAUGUUGUUCCAUCUUGGACGGAACUUGGUAGUGGUAGGAACAACGGGAGAGGAGUGUGAGUUAGUCGUACGUAUUACAUACGUACGUAGUGAGCGACGAGCAACCGAUGGAACCAAGCGAAAAAAAGACGAGGACACCCGAGUGAUCGGGCGCUCACGCUCCUUCUCCGAGCUCGCUCUUUCCCAGUCAUAUCAAAUGAACUCCGUCGAGAACGUGGAGAACCAGGGGGAAAAUGAGAGGAGACGAGAGACGAGAGCCCACCACCCAAGCACACAAGAUCACCGACAGUCGGCUUUUACGCGGGCCUCGGAUCAGAUGAAUGUAAACAAUCGCAGGAUACGGGAUCCAUUCGUGGAGCAAGUUCAUGAGAGUGCGGUCGAGUGACAAAUUCGUCCCGAUUACGAUAAUUGGACCGAGUGUGCUCGGCAACAUGCUGCAGAGUGGGUGACGAGUUCCAGUUGUUCCAUGACCAUGGAUUUCCGUUCAGCUACCGCGUUGCCGCCACAUGGCUCGGUAUCUUUGCCGAUGAUGGGUCAUGGCAUGAAUGAGGGCGUGUCUUCUCUAUUAGCCUCGACCCCGCCUCCGGGGGCGUCAAGUCUGUUUGGACUUUACCACUCUUCAACCAAUGGUUUGCCCCCUCUGCCCAAUGGCUCACAAUUGAAGCCUCCACCCCCAUCUACCCCUUCGUUGUCAACGUUGACUCCAUUACCUCCAACAUCGACCGCAUCCUCAAAUGGCCAGCGUAUGGCGAUAUCAGCCUCGUCAUCUCUACAUAGAGGCUCGCCUCUCACUCCUUGGUCGGCACCCAAUCUUGGACCCGCUCCAAACCAAACAAGCCUGGCCCAACCGCCCACAACGGUUGGCGGAGGAGGUGGGGGUACUUCUAGUUUUGCCGCUGCGUUGAGGAAUCUGGCCAAAAAUGCCACUGCAAACACUUUGGAAGGCGAAAAGGCCAAAAGAGCCUCCGUUGGCCCAAUGGCAACCACUCCUGGAUCAGUCGGAUCCAUGGGGUUGGGUCAGCCGCCAAUUGGAACGAUCGCUCCGACCCAAUUGAUUGCCUCAACUCCCGAUACUGCCACUCAGGCCUCACUUAUGGACGUUAGAAAAGGAUUUUCUUCCAGUCAGAAUUCACACUUUUCACCCCAAUCUGAUUUUGGAACAAAUGUGACCCCCUCCUCCACCUCUUCGAUACUAUCACUACAAAAGCCAAGUCAAAGCUUGGUCAGCUCUGGCUUCCAACCUUAUAAGCCAGAUCUAAGUUUGGGCAAAGGGCAUCCAGCCCUGGGGAGCGCCGUGUCUGGAAUACCCUCAUUAAGCUCAGUUGUGUCAUCUUAUUCCCAUCCGAGCCUAGGCAUGCACCCUAACUACGCUGCAGCUCUCAUGGCCUCAGGCUAUCAUCCCGGAUUAUUUGCUGGCAGUCCACUUUCAGCAGCUUAUGGGCUGGAGGCCGAAGCAUGGUAUCGGGCCCAAUUGGAGAGGUAUGCCAUAGCCACGGGAUUGGCUCAACCAGGGAGGGCAAUUCCACCAAGUCAAAGCUUUCCAGGUCUUUAUCCUGGAUCACCAGCGUUAGCUCCCACCAUAUCUACUCCAGUUUCUUGUUCAUUACCAAGCCCCGGAACACCAAACCAAUCUUCGCCCACAUUCGCUGCGGAACCGAAGAAAGACCGAGAUCGACAAGAGAGGGAGAAAAGGAAGCACACCAAGAAAGAUGAGGAAUCUGUCAAAGAAAAAGUCAGAGAUCGGUCCUCAAGUCGCACCUCAAAACCAUCCACACCUCCAACAUCAACGACAACACCAACGACGGCGACCGAGUCGUCCCUCUCUGCGUUACUCACCGCUCCUCCAGUCACCUCAACUUUACCAAACGUGGCUUCUAGUUUAUCAAACUAUCCAUUGCAUCCCGCACUAGCCUCAUACUUUUCACCACUGUCUCUUACGGGAAACUGCCCAGCCCCUCCCAAUACCUCUUGGGAGGGGCCUCAGAUGAGAUCUGCUCCGGCAAUGGUCUCAAUGGCGACUCAACAGUCAGCCGUCUGUCAACCACCUAAGGUUGAAUCCUUAGUAGAUCAAGCACCCAAUCCACUCUUGAACGGUGGAGGUUGCCAUCUUUUACCAACCAAACCCUUGGACAUUUCCGAAGUGAAAAAGGUGAGCGAGAUUAAAGAAGAAGUUAAGCCCGAGGCUAACCGGAAGCGGAAGUUCGUGAGACCUUUCGAGGAUGAUUUUGCCUCGUCUUCUAACUCCAUUGGUCAACGAGAAAAGUGUGCCAAAUUGUCCGACCAAGACACUAAAGAAUCUAGAUCCGUCAUACCAUGCCCCCUUGAACCCAUUCCGGCUCCAAGAGUCGCUGCUCACGCUGAAGAAACUGCAACACUACACUACAAUGAUAAAGUUGUUUGUGUCAAUCCUUUCUCUUGCUCAGAUUUGCCCAAAGUUGAACUGGAAAACGUCAAGGAUGAAAAUUCAAAUGAAACCACAAUAUCCGCCAUUUCUAAUAUCAUCCAAGUGGACAAGAACAACGACGUCAAAGCUCCGGCUCCAUCUCCGCCAACCUCAAUCAAGAAAGAAGAUGAUGAACAUUUUGUCAAACCGAAUCAAGAAGUCCUUACCAAGGAAAAAUUGAAAUAUCUACGCUAUUUCAGAUUGGGCACUCAUCGUAAGAAAAACGAUCAUGACGCCAAGUUUAAAGUAGAGGAGAACGCAAAAGAUGCAGAAGAUGAUUUAGAAGAUAAAAAUCGAUCUUCCGAUUCCCCAACCUUGCCACUCCCUAAUAUUGAUGCUGGAGCUCAAUCUCAACACCAAGCGGCAGACUCUCAAGGCAAAUCAAAAUUCAUGACAUCUCUGGACCUCUGGCAAGUUCCUUCAGAGGAAGUUCAAGAGAAAGAAGAUGAAUGGAAAACAAUCCUGGAAGAGCGAUUAGCCAGAACCCCUCAAGAUACGCGAACCAAAAGCCUUGUCUACUUGUCCCGGCUCCGAGAUCUGACACCCACUUCGAAUCCCCCGCCCAACCGGACCACCUUCCUACAUCCUAAAAUCGAAUCCAAAAAACCAACAAUCCUGACUCUUGAGCAACAAAAUACGAAGCUAGCUCAAGCUCUGGUCAACGGAAAACCCCAGUCAACCACCACAGCUUGUCCCGUCGUACCCUCACUCCCUUUGCUUCCUCUAACUCAAAACCAUUUACCUAAUAUAAACUUUUCAAGUCUGAUGCCACUUCCCUAUCAAGAUAUGAAGGCGGUGGACGCCUCCAAAAGCCCUCCCAUGCCCUUUCUGAAUGGACUCACUACCACUGGGAAUGGGACCCUUUCUCCCUUACCCCCGGUUCCGUCUCCAGAUUUUGGCGGUCACAACUCAUCCGCUCCUUCUCCAGGAGGACUGACAGGGAAAAAACAGAAAGUGGCCACUUGGGUAGGAGUGGAGGCGGUUAUUUUGUCGUUCAAGAAGCAUCUGAACGAUUCCAAAUCAGUCAGAAAAAAGUUGGAAAAACGCCUUCAGGAUCUCCAAAAGGAGGCCAUUCAACAGAGGAACAAAGUGGAUAGUCUGUCGACCGAAAUGGCGGGUCUAGCACGAAAUCAAAAGGAUCUGUCAGAGAAAUUGACCGAGGUGGAACAUUUUCGAGAAAUCUGCAAGGAGGUGCUCCAGGCCUUGUCCUUUCCCACCCUGCAAAACAUUACUGAUAACAGUCAAACUUGAUAAUGAUAAUAAUAAUUAUUUGAAUGAUAA